CCACUCCUACUCCGGUGCUCGGCGCCCGGCGGCUCCUGCAGACUACUUAGCCAAGACUAUGAAAUGACCAUUCCUGGUCGCCUCGGACGCCUUUCCCACCGCGCGCAAUUUGGGCUCAGGAGCGCGCUACCCCACUUUAGGUGGAGCCCCAGCUGCGUUUGCCGGCCAAGCCAGGGCGGCUAAAGAAGAAGCAGCAGCUGCAGCAGCGGUAGCAGCAGAAGAACCAGCAUUAAGCGACGGUCGGGCAGGGAACUCUGCUACGCUCUGGUCUCCAAGCGGGGCUCGAACUGCUGUGACGGGGGUCGGGCGAGGAGAAGCCCCUCUCUGCCAAACGGGACAAGCGAUCGGGCGAUCGGGCAUCGGUGCGCCGCGGCUGCUCCCUCCCCGUCGGAGAGUCGAGAGCGGGGCCGGCGGGAGGACGAGAGCUGUCGGGAGGAACCGCCGCCGCCGCGGCCGCCGCCGCGAAGGAGGUGGAAGACGGCGGCAAGGGGCGCGAGCCGGACUCGGGCUCCGAGGGCUUCGAGUCUUUUUUCCCCCCGCGAAGCAGCCAUGGGCAAAGGGCUGGAAGCCGCCGCCGCCCGCUACGGACUGGGACUGGGAUACUUACUGCAGAUGGUGGUGUUGCCCGCCUUGGCUAUCCUGAGUGCCAGCAGCCCCGGCUCGGCUGCGCAAGAUGAUGAUUUUUUUCACGAGCUCCCAGAAACCUUUCCGUCUGAUCCCCCAGAACCUCUUCCUCAUUUUCUCAUUGAGCCGGAAGAAGCUUACAUUGUCAAGAAUAAGCCGGUGAACCUCUACUGCAAAGCCAGCCCAGCCACUCAGAUCUACUUCAAAUGCAACAGCGAAUGGGUUCAUCAGAAGGACCAUAUUGUAGAUGAAAGGGUUGAUGAAACCUCUGGACUCAUUGUUCGAGAGGUAAGCAUUGAGAUUUCACGGCAACAAGUUGAAGAACUUUUUGGACCCGAAGAUUACUGGUGCCAGUGUGUGGCUUGGAGUUCUGCAGGCACAACCAAGAGUAGAAAGGCCUAUGUCCGUAUUGCGUAUUUACGGAAAACGUUUGAACAGGAACCAUUAGGAAAGGAAGUAUCUUUGGAGCAAGAAGUCCUACUUCAGUGUCGCCCACCUGAAGGAAUCCCAGUGGCUGAGGUUGAGUGGCUGAAAAACGAAGAGGUGAUAGAUCCUGUUGAAGAUCGAAAUUUUUAUAUCACUAUUGACCACAACCUGAUCAUAAAGCAGGCACGUCUCUCUGAUACAGCCAAUUAUACUUGUGUUGCCAAAAAUAUUGUGGCAAAAAGGAAGAGCACCACUGCUGCUGUCAUUGUCUAUGUCAAUGGCGGAUGGUCAACUUGGACAGAGUGGUCAGUAUGUAAUAGCCGUUGCGGAAAAGGCUUUCAGAAGCGUACAAGAACAUGUACAAAUCCAGCACCACUCAAUGGAGGAACCUUCUGUGAAGGCCAAAAUUUGCAGAAAAUAGCUUGUACCACAUUAUGUCCAGUGGAUGGGAGGUGGACAGCAUGGAGUAAAUGGUCUACCUGUGGAACAGAAUGUACCCACUGGCGCAGGAGGGGCUGCACCGCACCAGCACCCAGGAACGGCGGCAGAGACUGUGAGGGCCUUGUCUUGCAGUCCAAGAACUGCACAGAUGGGCUGUGUAUGCAGAGUUUCAUUUACCCUAUUUCAACUGAACAGAGAACCCAGAAUGAAUAUGGAUUUUCUUCUGCUCCUGAUUCGGAUGAUGUCGCUCUCUACGUUGGCAUUGUGAUUGCCGUGGUUGUGUGCUUGGCUAUUUCGGUAACUGUUGCAUUAUUCAUCUACCGGAAGAACCAUCGAGACUUCGAGUCAGAUAUUAUAGAUUCCUCAGCACUAAAUGGUGGAUUUCAGCCUGUAAAUAUAAAAGCUGCAAGACAAGAUCUCCUAGCUGUUCCUCCUGACCUUACUUCUGCAGCAGCUAUGUAUAGGGGACCGGUCUAUGCCUUGCAUGACGUCUCUGAUAAAAUUCCAAUGACCAACUCUCCAAUCCUGGAUCCACUGCCCAACUUGAAGAUCAAAGUUUACAAUAAUUCGGGUGCGGUCACACCCCAGGAUGAGCUGUCCGAUUUUUCAUCCAAACUCUCUCCACAGAUUACUCAAUCCCUACUGGAUAACGAAGCAUUAAACAUUAAAAACCAGAGCCUUGCGCGGCAAACAGAUCCAUCGUGCACUGCUUUUGGGACCUUCAAUUCUCUUGGAGGUCAUCUGAUUGUACCUAAUUCAGGAGUAAGUUUGCUGAUUCCUGCGGGGGCGAUUCCUCAGGGGAGAGUUUAUGAAAUGUAUGUGACGGUUCACCGAAAGGAGAACAUGAGGCCACCAGUAGAAGAUUGUCAAACCCUUUUGACUCCUGUAGUGAGCUGCGGGCCUCCAGGAGCAUUACUAACUCGGCCUGUCAUUCUAACAAUGCACCACUGUGCAGAAGCAAACACAGAAGACUGGAAAAUUCAGUUGAAGAACCAAGCAGCCCAGGGACAAUGGGAGGAUGUCGUAGCAGUUGGAGAAGAAAACUUCACUACUCCAUGUUAUAUCCAGUUGGAUCCAGAGGCAUGCCAUAUACUCACAGAAACUCUUAGCACCUAUGCCUUAGUAGGGCAAUCAGUCACCAAAGCAGCCACAAAACGUCUGAAGUUGGCCAUAUUUGGGCCAUUGAUCUGCUCAUCCUUGGAAUACAACAUCCGUGUCUACUGUCUGGAUGACACCCAAGAUGCCCUCAAAGAAGUGCUGCAGUUGGAGAGGCAAAUGGGUGGACAAUUAUUGGAGGACCCAAAGGCUUUACAUUUUAAGGGUAGCACUCAUAAUCUUCGCUUAUCUAUUCAUGAUAUUACUCAUUCCCUAUGGAAGAGUAAACUACUAGCAAAAUACCAGGAAAUUCCCUUUUACCAUAUCUGGAGUGGAUGUCAAAGAAAUUUGCAUUGUACCUUCACCCUGGAAAGGUUCAGCCUGAACACGCUGGAGUUGGUAUGCAAACUCUGCAUACGGCAGGUGGAAGGAGAGGGACAGAUAUUCCAACUCAACUGUGUGGUGUCUGAGGAACCAACUGGCAUUGAAUACCCACUUACGGAUCCAGCAAGUACCAUUACAACCGUAGUAGGACCCUGUGCAUUCAGCAUCCCUCUUCCUAUCCGUCAGAAGCUUUGCAGUAGCCUAGAUGCUCCUCAAACAAGAGGCCACGAUUGGAGGAUGUUGGCCCACAAACUAAAUUUGGACAGGUACCUCAAUUAUUUUGCUACAAAAUCAAGUCCCACCGGUGUGAUCUUAGACCUUUGGGAAGCCCAAAAUUUUCCCGAUGGAAAUUUGAGCAUGCUGGCCACCGUCCUUGAAGAGAUGGGAAGACACGAGACAGUUGUUUCACUGGUAGCAGAAGAAAAGUACUGAACUGACCUUGGAAUGAGAAUGAAGGAAUGUUAACCAUCACUUCAGCUGUGACUAACACAAACCAAGCACCCCCAAACCAAUGUGUUUCAUAGCAAGAGACAUUCCAGAGGGACAAGACGCAGAAUCCUGCCUUUUCAUGUGCAUCCUUUUUUGUAUAUUAUCACAGGAUUUGAAAGAAAUCAUGCAAAGUUGUUACCUUUAUAGUAUAAUUCAACCUAACAUUCCUCUCAGCUUGGCUGUACACUGCUUAGUGCAGGAUUUUACAGUUUCCUAGGAAACGCUUUUUAUUGCUAUCCAGAUAUAUGGAUAAACUUUCUUAACAAUCCCAGUUUCUAUGAACGUUGUUUACAUCAAAAUCCUGGGCAGCAGGAUGGAAAUGACUGUCCAUGGCUAUCUUUUUAUAUCUUGUUUUUUCUUCUUUUGUUGAAAGCCAUUCUACACCAAGCUGUGGACAAAGCAGGGUUCUGGCUAUUUUUCUGACGAAUCAGUCUCCGACACACUUUUCAGACAAUUUCAUAAUUGCAAAUUUGCCCAUUAGAUGUCUUAAACUAACCUACCUAUUCCGUUUCCUAGAAUGAGUUAAGACAGAAUUUUAAACUUCUGCAUCCGGUCAGAAAAUAAUCUGAAAGCUGAUCAGGUACGCAUGUUCCCUCUCUACCUUCACCAGGGUAGCUUGUGUCCCUUGGUGACUUCAACUGCAGGGAUUCCCUCUUCCCUCCCCUAGCUUACAAUAUGCCCUGCCUUCAUCUUUAAAGUGUGUGGGUGUGAGAGUGUGUGGGUGUGUGUGUGUGUGAGAGAGAGAGAGAGAUACAGAUACUCACUUUGGUGUGCUUUGAGAAGAAACCCUCCCUAAAAAAAAAAAAGUUACUUGUACGAUGACCGUAACUGAAUAGUAUUUAGUACAAAUAAGAUUAUAUUUCUUUUAGUAGUAGUAUUUUUGUUUACCAAAAUUAUCUACAGCAUUACUCAUUUGAGCAAUGGCAGCACCCUUCCUGGAAGCUGUUGAUGGCUGCCUUGGGCCUUGUAAGAGGGAGAUUCUUUCU